AUGGAUCCUCCGCUUAUAAACGAGUCGUCAUUCUCCGCUGCCAACCCUUCCUCCUACAGCUUGGGGGAGAUUUGGCCAUUUCAGGGGAUCAAUGUGGAAGCCGGUGAUGGUGGGUUGGGCCUCCGUGUGGGCAGUUUACCCUCGGCCGCUGCAAUUGGGUUUGGCAUUGGACAGCGAGAUGGGUCUGCUGAGGAAUCCACGGUGACGGACCAUAGUGGCGCCGCCGGAAAUGCCAGGAAGCGGAGGGAUUUCAGCUUCGAGGAUGAGUCUUCUAAGAUAGUUUCCACAACAAGCAGUGGCAAUGAAUUGGAUGAUUCCAAGAUUAAACGGAUGAAGCCAUCGAGGUGCAGAAGUGAAACUGGUAAUUCAAGAGCUGAGCCAAAUUCUACUGCCGAUAACACGGCAGCUGAUCAAAGCAAGCCCUCUGAGCCGCCUAAGCAAGAUUUUAUUCAUGUGAGAGCAAGAAGGGGCCAAGCCACUGAUAGCCACAGUCUUGCUGAAAGAGCGAGGCGAGAAAAGAUAAGUGAGAGGAUGAAGAUACUUCAGGAUUUGGUGCCUGGUUGUAACAAGGUAAUUGGCAAGGCGCUGGUACUUGAUGAGAUCAUAAAUUAUAUUCAAUCAUUACAACGGCAGGUUGAGUUCCUGUCAAUGAAGCUUGAAACUGUGAAUGUGAGGAUGGGCAUGAACCCAGCCAUGGAGGGUUUUCAUCUUAAAGAUCUCUGCACUCAUCCAUUUGAUGCUCCUGGGAUGAUGUUUGGACAACAAGCAACAAGGGAAUACGUGCAAGGACCACAAGCGGAAUGGCUACACAUGCAGGUUGGUGGGGGUUUUGAAAGAUCGUCAUGA